UUCUCUCUCUAGAUAGACUACAGUUUGGCAUUACUUUCUCUCUCUAGAACGACUAUAAUUUGGCACCUUGCAUUCACUCUCACUAAAAGAGAUCACAUUUUCCAUGUUACCACCUAAUCUAGUAUGCUUUAGUUUCUCUCUCUAAAACCUCUCUCGAACCACCAUGAAUAGAGUUCACAUUUUUCAUGUUACUUCCUAGUCUAGUAUACUUUAGUUUCUCUCUCUAAAACCUCUCUCAAACAACCAUAAAUACUUUAUUUUCUCUCUCUUGAACCGGCCUGUCUUGCUACCCGACUAGUUUCUCUCCACACUGCAUGAUUGCACCCCCAGAUCCUCCAUUUUCUCUCUCUAAGAUCCCCUGAUAUAUCAAAUAUAUUCCUGGUUACAACCCCACAUAAUAAUUCUCUCUCUCUAGGAAUCAGUUUCACAAAUGCAAUUCAUGUUGCCCGUUAUUACCACACCUCCAAAUAUCCCUCACUUUCUCUAAAACUUGAGCCUCUCUCUCCUCUGAACAGAAGGCAAACCUCUCUCGAACACUAGCUUUGAGGGGCUUUUUAACUUUUGACAGAGCCGUAAGAGAGCGUGAAAGGAUUCAAUGAGCUUUAUCUUUUGUCUCGUGCAUUAUUUUUCUCUCCCAUCAUAAUGUAAGCUUUCCCUCUCUAACCAGCCAGGUUUAGUGAGGCUUUCUUUGGAUGAAACCAGUUGAAAAAGGGCAAAAAUUUACCAAAAGUUGUAUUUUUUUGUAUCUUGAUUUCUUUUAAGAAAGAUGCCUCAUAGACAAAUGAAGGAGAGCACAGAGCAACAUUUUAUAUCCAAAAAACCUCUUCAUAACUCCAUGAAUCAACAAACAACAAUUCAAGAGGUAGCCAACUGUAAAACCCAAGAAACGCAACUGGAGAAAACCCAAAACUCCGUUCCUCAAGUGAACAGUAGAGGGAAAAGAAGGGCAAGAGGGAGAGUGAAAGCUUUGAAAGGGGAUUCAUUCAUGCACACAGAAACUGGUGUUGAUGGGAAUAAGCAAUCUUCUUUGUCAAUUAUGGUUCCAAGGAAGGAAUCACAGAAUGGGUUUUAUCAAAAUAGCACCAACAGUCAGGCUUCUGGGCGAGCUUUGAGUUUUCCUCGGCGUCCUGGCUAUGGUCAAAUGGGUGUGAAAUGUAUAGUAAAGGCUAACCAUUUCCUUGCUGAGUUACCAGAUAAGGACUUGAACCAUUAUGAUGUGACCAUCACUCCUGAAGUGAGCUCCAAAUCUGUGAACAAAGCCAUCAUAGCACAGUUGGUGAAACUUUACAGGGAGUCAGAUUUGGGCAUGAGAUUUCCUGCUUAUGAUGGAAAAAAAAGCUUAUACACAGCUGGGUUGCUUCCUUUCACUUCAAAGGAGUUUAACAUAAAGUUAGAUGAUGAAGAUGAUGGAAUGGGUGGUGUUAGGAAAGGAAAAGAGUUCAAAGUGGCUAUUAAAUUUGUUGCUCGAGCCGACUUGCACCAUCUACGUGAAUUUCUAUCUGGUAGGCGAUCCGAUACUCCUCAGGAAGCUCUUAAAGUUCUUGAUGUUGUCUUAAGGGAACUAUCAAGUCAAAGGUAUUAUCCAGUAGGGAGGUCGUUCUAUUCUCCUAAUCUGCGAAGGCCACAGAGGCUUGGAGAUGGAUUGGAAUCGUGGUGUGGCUUUUACCAGAGCAUUAGGCCUACCCAGAUGGGCUUGUCACUUAAUAUUGACAUGUCUUCUACGGCUUUCAUUGAACCACUCCCUGUGGUGGAUUUUGUCGCUCAACUUUUGAAGAAGGAUGUCUUGUCGAGGCCGUUGUCUGACGCCGACCGCAUAAAGAUCAAGAAGGCGCUCAGAGGUGUAAAAGUUGAAGUUACACAUAGAGGAAGUGUGCGCCGAAAAUACAGAGUUUCGGGAUUGACAACACAACCUACGAGAGAGCUAAGGUUUCCAGUCGAUGAUCAGUCAAACAUGAAAUCAGUGAUUGAAUACUUCCAAGAAAUGUAUGGAUUUACAAUUAAGCAUACUCAUCUCCCUUGCCUUCAGGUUGGAAACCAGAAAAAAGCAAAUUAUUUACCGAUGGAGGCAUGCAAAAUUGUAGAGGGACAGAGAUACACGAAGAGGUUGAAUGAGAGGCAGAUUACUGCCCUGUUGAAGGUUACUUGCCAGAGACCUAAAGAUCAAGAAACCGACAUUUUGCAGACAGUUCAUCACAAUGCAUAUGAUCAAGAUCCCUAUGCGAAGGAAUUUGGCCUCGAUAUCAGUGACAAACUUGCUUCAGUUGAAGCGCGAGUGCUUCCUGCACCUUGGCUUAAAUACCAUGACACUGGUAAGGAAAAGAACUGUCUACCACAAGUUGGGCAAUGGAAUAUGAUGAACAAGAAAAUGAUAAAUGGCAGCACGGUGAAUCACUGGGCCUGUAUCAAUUUUUCCCGAGGGGUUCAAGAAAGCACCGCUCGUGGCUUUUGCCAAGAACUAGCACAGAUGUGUCAAAUAUCUGGCAUGGAAUUCAAUCCUGAACCGGUGAUUCCUGUCUAUUCUGCCAGACCUGAACAAGUUGAAAAGGCUUUAAAGCAUGUCUAUAAUGCGGCCAUGAAUAAACUUAAGGGCCAAGAGUUAGAGUUGCUUGUAGCCAUUCUUCCUGACAACAAUGGUUCAUUGUAUGGGGAUCUUAAACGGAUCUGCGAGACUGAUCUGGGUUUAAUAUCUCAAUGCUGUUUAACAAAGCAUGUAUUCAAGAUAAGCAAACAGUACCUAGCUAAUGUUUCGUUAAAGAUCAAUGUUAAGAUGGGUGGAAGAAAUACAGUUCUUUUGGAUGCUGUAAGUUGGAGAAUCCCUUUGGUCAGUGAUAUACCGACUAUUAUCUUUGGGGCAGAUGUAACUCACCCAGAGACUGGAGAAGACUCCAGCCCUUCAAUUGCAGCUGUUGUAGCUUCCCAGGACUGGCCAGAAGUUACGAAAUAUGCAGGCCUGGUUUGUGCUCAGGCUCAUAGACAGGAGCUUAUACAAGAUUUGUACAAGACAUGGCAUGACCCAGUGAGGGGAACAGUAGCUGGAGGCAUGAUCAGGGAACUCUUAAUUUCAUUUAGGAAGGCCACAGGACAAAAGCCAAUGAGGAUAAUAUUCUACAGGGAUGGUGUGAGUGAAGGGCAAUUUUAUCAAGUAUUGCUAUAUGAGUUGGAUGCCAUUCGAAAGGCCUGUGAAUCCUUGGAGCCAAAUUAUCAGCCUCCGGUGACAUUUGUGGUGGUCCAAAAGCGACACCAUACUAGACUCUUUGCCAACAACCAUAAGGACAGAAGCAGCACUGACAGAAGUGGCAACAUUUUACCUGGCACUGUAGUGGACUCAAAAAUAUGUCAUCCUACCGAGUUUGAUUUCUAUUUAUGCAGUCAUGCUGGAAUUCAGGGAACAAGUCGGCCGGCUCAUUACCAUGUGCUGUGGGACGAGAACAAUUUCACUGCUGAUGGAAUGCAGUCUUUAACGAACAAUCUUUGUUAUACGUAUGCGCGAUGCACUAGAUCAGUUUCAGUGGUUCCUCCUGCAUACUAUGCACACUUGGCUGCAUUUCGAGCAAGGUUUUACAUGGAGCCUGAGGUCUCGGACGCUCGAAGCACGAGACCAGUUGAAGGAUCGGCUGUUCGUCCUCUUCCAGCAUUGAAAGAGAAAGUGAAGAGGGUCAUGUUCUACUGCUGAAAGCCAUGCAAAUUUGUGUACAUGAAUAUAAGCCUGUAUUUAUUGUAGAGUUAGAACAAUGUACCACAGUUUUCAAGGGUGUGUUUUUACGGGAGCAGACGUUCUCUCUCUC